GCCAGAGACGGUGCAGCAUCCCUGGUGUUGGUGUCUCCUUGUGCGUCUCGUUGUCCACACCCCAGUCCUCCCGCUCUGCCGGCACGAUGGCGAAACCGCUGACUGACAUCGAGAAGCGGAGGCAGAUCAGUGUGCGAGGCCUCGCGGGGCUGGGCGACGUGGCCGAGGUGCGGAAGAGCUUCAAUCGGCACCUGCAUUUCACUCUGGUCAAGGACCGCAACGUAGCCACGCCCCGCGACUACUUCUUCGCGCUGGCGCACACGGUGCGCGACCACCUGGUGGGCCGCUGGAUCCGCACGCAGCAGCACUACUACGAGCGCGACCCCAAGCGCAUUUACUAUCUUUCCCUGGAAUUCUACAUGGGCCGGACGCUGCAGAACACAAUGGUGAACCUGGGCCUUCAGAAUGCUUGUGAUGAAGCGAUUUAUCAGUUGGGAUUGGACAUGGAGGAACUAGAGGAAAUAGAAGAGGAUGCAGGCCUUGGGAAUGGGGGCCUGGGGAGGCUCGCAGCCUGUUUCCUUGACUCAAUGGCCACCCUGGGCCUGGCAGCGUAUGGCUAUGGAAUCCGCUACGAAUUUGGGAUUUUUAACCAGAAGAUUGUCAAUGGCUGGCAGGUUGAAGAGGCUGAUGACUGGUUACGCUAUGGCAACCCCUGGGAGAAAGCUCGGCCGGAAUACAUGCUUCCUGUGCACUUCUACGGGAGAGUGGAGCACACCCCUGAGGGGGUGAAGUGGCUGGACACCCAGGUGGUACUCGCCAUGCCCUACGACACCCCAGUGCCUGGCUAUAAGAACAACACCGUCAACACCAUGCGGCUCUGGUCUGCCAAGGCGCCCAAUGACUUCAAGCUGCAGGAUUUCAACGUAGGGGACUACAUUGAAGCAGUCCUGGACAGGAACUUGGCAGAGAACAUCUCCAGGGUCCUGUAUCCCAACGACAAUUUCUUCGAGGGGAAGGAGCUCCGUCUGAAACAGGAGUACUUUGUGGUAGCGGCCACCCUCCAGGACAUCAUUCGCCGUUUUAAGUCAUCCAAGUUUGGCUGCCGAGACCCAGUGAGAACCUGCUUUGAGACGUUCCCUGACAAGGUGGCCAUCCAGCUGAAUGACACCCACCCGGCCCUGUCCAUUCCUGAGCUCAUGCGGAUCUUGGUGGAUGUGGAGAAGGUAGACUGGGACAAGGCCUGGGAAAUCACCAAGAAGACCUGUGCAUACACCAACCACACUGUGCUACCCGAGGCCUUGGAGCGUUGGCCUGUGUCCAUGUUUGAGAAGCUGCUGCCUCGGCACCUGGACAUCAUCUAUGCCAUCAACCAGAGGCACCUGGAUCAUGUGACCGCCCUGUUUCCUGGGGAUGUGGACCGCCUGAGGAGGAUGUCUGUGAUCGAGGAAGGGGACUGCAAGCGAAUCAACAUGGCUCACCUUUGUGUGAUCGGGUCCCAUGCCGUGAAUGGUGUAGCCAGGAUCCACUCUGAGAUUGUGAAGCAGUCUGUCUUUAAGGAUUUUUAUGAGCUGGAGCCAGAGAAGUUCCAGAAUAAAACUAAUGGCAUCACACCCCGGCGGUGGCUAUUGCUGUGCAACCCAGGUCUGGCAGACAUCAUCGUGGAGAGAAUUGGGGAAGGCUUCCUGACUGACCUGAGCCAACUGAAGAAACUGCUGCCUCUGGUCAGUGAUGAGGUAUUCAUCAGAGAUGUGGCCAAAGUCAAGCAGGAAAACAAGCUGAAGUUCUCCGCCUUCCUGGAGCAGGAGUAUAAGGUGAAGAUCAACCCCUCCUCCAUGUUUGAUGUGCACGUGAAGAGGAUCCACGAGUACAAGCGGCAGCUGCUCAACUGCCUGCACAUCGUCACCCUGUACAACCGAAUAAAGAAGGACCCGGCCAAGGCCUUUGUGCCCAGGACUGUUAUGAUCGGGGGCAAGGCAGCUCCCGGUUACCACAUGGCCAAGAUGAUCAUCAAGUUGGUCACAUCCAUUGGCGAUGUUGUCAAUCAUGAUCCAGUUGUGGGUGACAGGCUCAAAGUGAUCUUCCUGGAGAACUACCGAGUGUCCUUGGCUGAGAAAGUGAUUCCAGCUGCCGACCUGUCGCAGCAGAUCUCCACCGCAGGCACAGAGGCUUCGGGCACUGGCAACAUGAAAUUCAUGGUCAACGGGGCGCUCACCAUCGGCACUAUGGACGGUGCCAAUGUGGAGAUGGCUGAGGAGGCAGGAGUCGAAAACCUCUUCAUCUUUGGCAUGCGGGUAGAGGAUGUUGAGGCCUUGGACCAGAAAGGGUACAAUGCCAGAGAGUUCUACGAGCGCCUGCCUGAACUAAGGCAGGCUAUAGACCAAAUCAGCAGUGGCUUCUUUUCUCCCAAGGACCCAGACUGCUUCAAGGAUGUGGUCAACAUGCUGAUGGACCAUGACAGGUUCAAAGUGUUUGCAGACUAUGAAGCCUACAUGCAGUGCCAGGCCCAGGUGGACCAGCUGUACCGGAACCCCAGAGAGUGGACCAAAAAGGUCAUCAGGAACAUCGCCUGCUCUGGCAAGUUCUCCAGUGACCGGACCAUCACUGAGUAUGCACGGGACAUCUGGGGCGUGGAGCCCUCUGACCUGCAGAUCCCACCCCCUAACAUCCCUAAGGACUAGGUGCUCCAUGCACUGGGACCAGUGGGCAUUUAUUUGGCUGAAUUUGUACCUCAUACCAGAUUCCAGACAUCCUGCCAGCAGCUAGUGGUCCCUACUUUCCUCAGUGCUGUUUCUAGGAGAGGCGAUAGGGUUGAGGGAGUGGUUUGAGGGCUGGGAAAAGAAGGAAGGAGCUAGGAGCCUAUGAUGUCAUCCUGGCUUCCUUUAAAGAAAAGCAGAGUUUGCAACAUGGAUAGGCACAGCCAGCCCCACCAAGGGUGAGCAGAGGUGGAUCCAGCGGCUGGGUUCCCCUGAAACCUUAUAGACAUCUUGCCAUGAGCUUAAGUCUUUAUUUUUGAGCCUUUGGAUUCUGGGGUCUGGGCAGAUAACCAUAGUGAAAGCUUAAGGACCUGUGUUUCUAUAGAACCUGUAGGAUAGGGCCAAGCCCGGUUUGGCCUUCUUGACCCAGUUCUGCCCCCUGGCCCUUCUGGGAAGAGUCAGACCCUUCAGGUUUCAUUCUCACAGCUACCUGUCCUUUGUCUCGUCCUAGAGCAGAACCUCCAGGUAUAUGGGACAAGGACCCAGACGGGCCCAGCCCUUUGUAAUCUCCCAGGAGCUAUAUGGGUGCUCUGGACCUGGGACCACAGGAAAGAACAUUGGGGAGGAAUCUGUGUCCUGUGACUCAGAGGCUUUGGUUAGGACAAAGCUGACUGAUACAGGAUUAGCUUCAUUUUGCUUUUUCAAACGAAAAAAUAACAAACCAAACUAGCUGAUGCCUUCUCUUGUUUUAGUAACUGAAACUUGUCCUUGGUCAGUUUCACAUCUAGAGGACAUACUGAGGAUAUUUUUGCCUAGCUGAAGAUGGGUCAGCUACUGUUCCUGGCAGGAUUAUUCCCAUCCUGCACUGGGGCCUAGAGUAGGGCUACUGCCCUUCUGUGGAUUUGUGCCCUCCUGAUACCUCCCACCUAUGUCCUGAGGUGCACUUCCUGUUGUACACAAAAGGCCAAGCUCUAUUCUCCCUCCCGUGCCAUCAGUGUAACAGUCUGGUCUGGAAAAAGUUGGGCCCAGAGGAGCUGUUUCUGCUCUGCUCCUUCAGCAGCCUGGUGGGGAAUUGAAGAUGAGACCCCUCUCCAAGGGGUCUUGGAGAGGUGAGAUCCCUCUCCAAGGCUAACACUUCAGGGUAGAACCUCGGUGCUGACAAAGGAGAGAGCAGGGAGCAGUCAGCUGCCCAUGGGUAGUUGGAGAAAUUGGUGUGGAACCAACCACUGUUCAAGAGGCUUCCACCACCUUGUAUGCUGGACCUGGCUUCUGGGGAGGGUUCUUCCCUCAACCUAGCACUGCAGUGUCUGCCGGGUAGGAUUUGCUCAUGGUGCACAGUUCGCCAGAACCACUGGGAUAUCUUUUUGGAUGGGGGCAAGUUCUGGGGCUGGUCGUCUGCUGCCCUGUGCAGUGGCUCUGUCUGUGCAUGAGGCUAUACUUCCUGAAGCCGUGUGCAUGACCACCACCCUACCACUUGCUGUUACUACCUUGUGUGAGAAAUUGAUUAAACUUUU